UACCGUUACACUGCUUGAGUGGCUGUCAGUUGUCACUCUCUCUCUCUCUCACACACACACACACACCCCUUAAAACAACAUCAAUUUUUAAAAACGAAACACACUGAUAUGCACUUUCUCUCUCACGCACAGAGACAAUCACAAGAAUCCGACGACAGAAUAUUUGAAUACAGAAGAAAACGCAGAGAAGAUUCAGUCUCCAUCUUCUGUCCUUCAUUUUCCUGCUUGAACUCUGUGAAAAUGAGAAUAUGAAAAAAAUCUUAGGAUCAAUCAAUUGAUUGCAUCGCCUACAGUCGUCCACGGCGUUAACGCGAAAUCACCGGCCGUCGAUUCGACGCCGGGAGAUGACCAUUGCGACGCCUUCACGUCCAGAUACAUUCGCUCCUCCUCGAUUCCUGAUUUACUUCCACAAUCGCAUUGCAUGCGGACUUACCUGAGCAUCUCCCCGAUUCGAUUGAGGAUUCUUCAAUUUUUGAGUCGAAAAUGGCGAUGAAGGGCGGUUGGUGGCUGGAGAAAUUGAGGAGGGGCGUGCGGACGGCGUAUUUCGUGGUGGUGAUGGUGGCGUCUCUGCUGGCGGUGUCGCUGCCGCUGGUGGUGUCCGUUUGCGACGCCGUUCUGCCUUGUUUGCUGAUUCCGAGCUUCACGUGCGUCGGAUGUGUUAGUAUUAAGGAGCAUUUGCAGAGAUAUGCGUUCAGGAGCUCGCUUGUGGAUAUUCCUGUUGUUUCCAUUGUCAGAUCUCUCAUCAUCCUGUGUGCAUAUUCCAUUUGCGAUUUACAGGCAUUGUCGCACGGGUCCUAUCUAGGCACUGUAACAUUCUGCUCGUUCAUUUCGAUACUGCUUCUUUCCUUCAAGGCUUGUGUUUUCACUAUCAAUUCUCAAUUUGAGCAAGAAUCUUCUCUUUCAAGAAAGAGGCUCCAUCUGAAGAAGUCCUGGGGAAUGCCCGUCUUGUUUCUCUCUUCUGUAGUAUUUGCUCUGGGACACAUUGUUGUUGCCUAUCAUACAAGCUGCAAAGCUAGGAGGAAACUUAUGUUCCACCGUGGUGAUCUAGAAGCAGUCCUUUCUUGCAAAAUGAUUUUCUCCACAUAUCAGAAAGUUCCACGCUCUCCCACACCAUCGGCUGGGAAAUCUUUCAGAAGUGAUGUUGAAACGAGGAGAAAAGCACCAGGCUCUGUUCGUGAUAAAGGGCAACUUCCAGUUAGUUUACUUGCUGAUGUAGACAGCUUAUUCAUUUCUUGUCAAGGGUUGAUUGUUCAUUACAAGCUAAGCAUGCCAGGAUCACCUUCCCGUUCCUUGUCCUUGGAAACCUCUUUUCAUCAUCCAUCGCUUAGUACACCACUAAAAAACCAUCUUAAUAUUCAAAGAAGCGUCAGUAAUACAUUUCAUAGCAGCACCUUGGCUCUCUAUACACCACUCCUUGCCAGCUCUCCAACUUCCCCAACGUCUGAAGAUGUGCCUAUUCUGUGCUUAAAUGAAAAUUCCGAGGGCCUGAGCAUACUGGGUUCUCCACAAAUGGAACAAGACAUGGUGACAAGUGAACAAUUUGGGAUUGUUUUGGUGCAUGGCUUUGGAGGAGGAGUUUUCUCAUGGAGAAAGGUAAUGGGCCCUCUUGCCAGGCAAAUUGGUUGUACAGUAGCUGCUUUUGAUAGACCUGGAUGGGGCUUGACAUCAAGGCCAUGUCAAAAGGACUGGGAGGAAAAUCCAUUAACUAAUCCUUUCAAGAUUGACAAUCAGGCGGACCUGCUUAUUUCCUUUUGCUUGGAAAUGGGAUUCUCCUCAGUCGUGAUUGUUGGACACGAUGAUGGAGGACUUCUUGCACUGAAGGUUGCACAAAAAGUUCAGUUAUCAGAAAUUUCCAUGAAGCUUGAAAUAAAGGGGGUCAUACUACUAAAUGUAAGCCUGUCGAGAGAAUUGGUUCCAGCCUUUGCCAGAAUACUUCUACGCACUUCGCUUGGAAAAAAGCAGUUGGUGCGGCCUCUUCUCCGGACAGAAAUUACCCAAGUGGUGAAUCGACGUGCUUGGUAUGACGAAACCAAGUUAACAACUGAAGUUCUAAGCCUUUACAAGGCCCCAGUUGCACGUAGAAGGUUGGGACGAGGCACUUCAUGAAAUCGGAAAACUAUCAAACGAGACAGUCUUAUCCCCGCAAGACAUGGCAUUGAUGCUGAAAUCUGUUGAAAUUUUGCCGGUUCUAGUUAUAGCUGGUGCUGAAGACGCACUUGUCCCACUAAAAUCUGCUCAAACUAUGGCUUCCAAACUUGUAAAUUCUGUAAGUUCCAUCCUUUUCCAUUUUUACCAUACACGGAUUAAUAUAUUCUGAGAUGAGAAAUAUCUUAUUAUUUAACGUUGCAGAGACUGGUUGCAAUAUCUGGUUGUGGCCACCUUCCGCACGAGGAAUGCCCCAAGGCGCUGCUUGCGGCAAUCUCACCCUUCAUUUCUAGGCUUUUAGUCAGAGUAGAGUCGCAUAGCAGCUAGGUCUUUCAUGUUUUCAUCUUAUUUGAGUGACUUUUUGCUUCAACUAUUCCAUCUUUUUCUUCAA